GGGCAACACGAGUGAUGGCAAGGGAAUUGUUGCCUCUUUCGCAAACCGUUCUUCUUUUAAUGUGUUUUAUAUGCCGUGACGUUUGUGCUUCAUUUGCAUGUUCGCGGAUAUUCGAUUAACUCUGGUCGGCAUUGCUAAUUGGAAUUAAUUCUACGUAUAAUUAGUGGGGGAAACCGUUUCUGUUGGUGAAAACCAAGCACGUCAGUAUCGCGACUCAUAAACAAACACAAGGUUUUUAUGAAAAUUCGAAAUAACAUUCGUGUUUUUGAUAGCUUUUCAAUUUUGUUUUGGAAGAUUUUCCGCUACUAUUUUCUAAAAGGAGCAAGUCAAAAGCCAGAAGUUGAAGAUUUUUCAUAUGUGUUCGAAUUUAUAUGGCCGAUAUAUGCUGUACAGAAACGUCGUAAGUGUAUGUAUUUUGACUGUCUUCAGUAAUCAACAGCUCUGAAGAUGAGAUUUUUUGGCAAGUACUUUGAAAAGUAAAAAUGUUUUGUGAGUUGUGAACUAUUACUCUAAUUAACUCUAUUGGGUAAAAGUCAACUCUCUCAUUUUGGUUGGUGCAUCUGAUUUAUGGAUAAUAUGGAUAUUGAUGAAGCUAGUAGAAGACCAGGAACAAGGGUUUUUAAGAAGAGUUCCCCAAAUGGAAAGAUCACAGUUUAUCUUGGGAAGAGGGAUUUUGUUGAUCAUAUCACUCAUGUAGAUCCAAUUGAUGGCGUUGUUCUGAUUGAUCCAGAAUUUGUAAAAGAUCAUAAAGUUUAUGGACAUGUAUUAGCUGCAUUUAGAUAUGGAAGAGAAGAUUUGGAUGUGCUUGGACUUACAUUUAGGAAAGAUCUUUAUUUAGCCUCUGAACAAAUAUACCCACAAGAAGGUGAAAUGAAACAUCCUCUUACGAGAUUACAAGAGCGUUUAAUAAAAAAACUGGGUCCAGAUGCAUAUCCAUUUUUCUUUGAACUCCCACCUCAUUGUCCAGCAUCUGUAACACUUCAGCCAUCUCCUGGUGAUACUGGAAAGCCAUGUGGUGUAGAUUAUGAACUCAAAGCUUACGUAGCAGAUAAUGCUGAUGAAAAAGCUCAUAAAAGGAAUUCUGUUCGCUUGGCAAUUCGAAAAAUUAUGUAUGCUCCUAGUCGGCAAGGUGAGCAGCCAAGCGUAGAAGUGAGCAAAGAUUUCAUGAUGUCGCCAAAUAAAUUGCAUCUGGAGGCUUCCUUGGAUAAAGAGCUGUAUCACCAUGGAGAAGAUAUUGCUGUCAAUGUUCAUAUAGCCAACAAUUCCAACCGAACUGUUAAAAAAAUUAAAGUUUCAGUUCGACAAUUUGCAGAUAUAUGUUUGUUUUCUACGGCUCAGUACAAAUGUACAGUUGCAGAAAUUGAAAGCGAAGAUGGUUGUCCGGUUGGUCCAGGUUUUACUCUCUCCAAAGUAUACUAUCUCAGACCUCUAUUAGCUAAUAAUAAAGAUAAGAGGGGUCUAGCACUUGACGGACAACUGAAGCACGAAGACACUAAUUUGGCUUCUUCAACUAUAAUAGCUGAUCCUGCACAGAAAGAGAACCUUGGCAUAAUUGUCCAAUACAAAGUCAAAGUGAAAUUAUGUCUUGGACCUCUUGGUGGUGACUUAGUUGCAGAACUACCGUUUAUUUUAAUGCAUCCUAAGCCUUUGGAUGAUCCUCCUCCACAUGCUGCUAGAAGUAUAAGUUCAAUUCCAACUGUUCAAAGUGAUGAAAAUGUUGGAAUUGAAACAGAUCUUAUCCGUCUUGAUGCGGAUGCUGCCAUGGAUGAUGGAGAUGAUGACCUAAUAUUUGAAGAUUUUGCACGAUUGCGUUUAAGAGGGGAGACUGAAGCAUAAAUUUGCUCUGGCACAACAUAUUUAUUUUCUGUGACAUUUCUACAUUCUUCUUGUUUGUGUGUGCGUGAGUAUGCAUAAUAUAGCAUAUGUGUUGCAUAAUUUAUGCAAAUAGUAGUGCAUUAAUUUCCCGGCUUAUUGUCCAAUUGUGUUCUGCUUUGUCCUCAAUAUGAAAGCAUCAAUUUAUUAUUCUAAAAUGUAUGUGUGAAGAUUUAUGUACUCAUGCAUUCAAAGCAUAACAUGCGCACGCACACACCUGCACACGCACAGGACUCGAAAUAAUUUCUCUCCACUUUGAGCAAGUAUGUGAUUUUAAGUCUUUUAAUUUAUGUUUUGACUCAUCGAGAAAAAAUGGUUUUCAAUAGGAAAAUAUUCAAAUGUACCAAAUGUUUAAAAUUCCUUAUUUAAGUAUGUUUCAUAAGUAAAUACUUGUUUGUUGAUUUUUAAUCUUCUUGAAAUUUUAUAAAGAGAUGCAAAAUCACUUUAAUCUUUAUUUUUAAAUGUUGCUAUAAAAUAUUAAGCUAGGUUUUCUCCAUAAUUUAUCAACUGUACUGAUUGUUUUAAAAAUUUACUUGAAUGAAUAUUUUCCUAUGCUAUUCUUUAGUGUUGAAAUUGAUUUUAAUUACUUCUAUCGAGUUUUGAAUUUAAAAAAAAAAAUCACACUUUUGGCUUCAGGCCAACGUUUUAAAUUGAUUUUACUGACUCAUGUUUUGUCCUUAUAAUGUUUCAUUAGCAGUUCUGCAACAGUAUUUAUAAACAACUCGGGCAAUGGCAUAUUAAGUUUGCAUUCUUGUUCAGAUUUUUAUUUGCAGUUUAAUUUGCUAAAUUCAGUUAUGACAAAAUAAUUUUUUAUUAGUAUUGUGUCAGAAUGGCCUUUUUAGAAAAUAGCAAAUGGAAUUUUUAAACUUAAAAGUAAUUAUAAAUUGUAUUGCAAGAUUUUUUUUGGGCAAUAUCGAGUCCUGUAUGUAUAAUUUAUAUAUAUAUAUGUAUGUGUAAUAUUUAUAUAAUAUAUGCUGCACAUGUAUGUGUGGUAAAUAUUUGUGGUUAGCUUGUGUUGUUAUAGUGAUGUGCUUAUUUAAUAUUUAAGUGAAAUCCUUUGUUUUACUAGUCCAAAAAAAAUAAAUAUAAAGCUCUUAAUUAUUAAAAGAAGGAGAAAUUGAAAAAAAGGGAAACCUUUCAAAAAUGAUGCAUUAGAAUUUUCAUUUGAUGCUAUUUUUGCACAAUCUGGAUUUUUCUUAUGUAUAGUAAAGCUCUGAUAAUUCUUCUGUUUAAGGGCCGUCCAGAAAAUGCAUAUAAAUGUUAUACUGCAAUUGACUACUACAACUUUAUUAUUUAUGGUGCAGAAAUUUAUAUACAGCAUUAUCAUGCUCUUUUCAAACAUAUAAGAAUCUUAACAUACAUAUGAAUUUUUUCCCAUGCUUGUGUUAAAAAAAAAAAAAAUUCAAGAAAGAUCAAAACUUUUACUUAACAAAUUUACUAAUAUUAAAUAUUUUUAUUUCAUAUGUAUAAAAGAUCUGUAUCUUUUCAGUUUGACUUAUAUUUUCUGUUAGUAGAGUGAUUGUUUUAAUUUUUAAUCAUACAGUUAUAAAAUAAAUUAGGAAUAUUUUAUUAUAAAUCUAGUAAGAUGUUUAAAAUAAUGUUAUUUGAAAGCUAUUAAAAAAUCUCAAUUCUCAUAAAUGAAUUUUUGGUAAAGAUGUUUCAAAUUUUAUUAUUAAUGAAUGAAAAACAUGCUGCACUCCCCAUGUUCAUAUUUAGAAAUUACUGUAUUGAAUCAAUGUUUUGAAUCAUCUUGUAGACUAUUUUAGUGUUAAAUUUCUGAAAUGAAUUUAGUUCCUUGGCUACAAUGUAUAUACUUUUAAAAUCCAUCCUCUCUACUCUCCCAACCCUCUCUCUCACUCCCUCUCAAAAAAAAAAAAAAAAAGUAUGAAUGAUGCUUUACUGUACACAAGAAAUAUUAGUGAAUAUCACUUUAAUAGCAAUGAUAUUUUAAUGAUUUAAUGUAUUAUACCAUGUUGUGAGGCUUGAAAUAUAUGAAAUUUUGACUACAACAUUCUGCACAAUGAGUGCUGGUUUAUGUACCAGCCAGUGCUAAAUCUUACGUGCUGUGCAUGUUGCCUGUGUUAUAUCUCCAUUAAAUGAAUAUUCAUCAUAUUUGUUCAUGAGCUUUUUUCAUGUCAUAAAAUCAUCAGGUAAUUUUAGAAUGGAAAAAUUUAUGCAUAACUACAAUUUUCCCAAAUGACCAAAUUUGCUUAACUUAUAUGCUUUUUUUUUCUUUUUGCUGUCUUCAUUGCUUCAAUACAUUUCAUGGUUUUGAUAGAAUUUAGUUUUCUAGUCAAAGCAAUUUGCAUGUACUAAAGAUUCCAUGAUAUGUAAGAAUAUAU